AUGGCUGCACGCAAGUCAUGGAGAGGCCCAAGUGUGCACGCCGAGCUGCAAAGCCUUGGACUACGUAGCUACACUACAAGCGCUCGCGCGGUCUUCAAGCAUGAAGCAGUCAAUCGUCUAUAUAGGGAAGAGCUACCCUCGUUGUUUCGUAUCCUCGUCCGAGACCAAGGUUCCACUCUCGAUCGCGACGACCCUGCACUGUUUGAUAAGGAGCUCGACCAACUACUCCGAGAGUACGGCCCACUCAUUUGGCCAGGUGAAGGCAGUCGAAACCAUCUUCUGACGGCUCGAUUUGGCACACCAUACGAGUCGGAUCUCGUCUACCCCCGUGACUCCACGGUUUUGAAGAGUCGGCUUCGUCGCAACAUACUGGUCAAGAAGAUAAUUCACGGGGUCGAUUAUCAAGCCCAGAUGGAGAACGCUGGCGGCAGCGAAUCGCCUGCAUUCACGACAGCGAAAGCCUCAUCCCAGACCACCCCCAUGAGGACCCUCCGCCGCACUUUCAAUGAAGACACGCAUACGAAUGAUCACCCUUCCUUAGAUGACUCUGUGAUGGGGGCUACCAGGCGACAGCAAACCAUCAUGGAGACCGAUAGCUCCUACAUUGGCUUCUCCCAUGUCCAGCUUCGUCUUUACCGCAAGAUUAAACUCGGUUUUUCUGGUACCAAUGGCCCCGUCUUUGCAUUCGGAUCGAUGUUACUGAAGCUUGAUGGCACCACAUCACACGACUGCUUUCAUCGAGUUUGCGAGCGAAUCUCGACAGACUGCAAUCUCAUGGUUUUUCAUUUUCCUGAAGACAUGUACCAAGCAGGCAGCAUACGCCUGGAUCGCGGAUCAGCUGAUUCUGAUGCGACAUUCCAACGAGUCCUCAGCAUCUUCCGCAAUGCGAGGAAAUUCCCAGGUGACCCGCAGUACAGGUCACUCGAAGUUGAGGUCGGCCUAGACUUCGAUGAUAAUGUUCAGGGGAGUUCGGGUAUGAAUCGUGAUGCUGUUUGUCGAGGCUGUUUCGGGGCGCAGUCGGGACUGUUCACGUUGCGUGAGAUGGCUUUCGUCAAGGAUCGAAGUCUGGCCAUCAUGCCCCUUGACGGUAAUGAGGAGAUGGGUAUGUUCUGCAUAUUGAUCUCUCAGCCUAUGGACCGAUCAACGAAGCAUCUCCAGGUGUGGAGGCCAUACGAAGUAGGCAACGGCGGCGACGGGUUGAAAUUCAGCAACAGUUUCGCCCUACUUACGCUGCGAUAUACCGGUCUCGACAUAGCCCCAAUGAAGACCCUCUCAGCCCAGGUCGUCAACCAAGAGGAUGAUACAGACGGGCCACUCCUGUCAGAUAAACCUCGCGCAGCUCGGAAGCGGAAGCCCAGAGCACCCAUUGAACGGAAACCAUCAAAAAGCAAGCGCAAUAAAACAGGAACUAGCGCACUGCGCCUAUCGAUCAGCCAAGACGCUCUCCGUAGCCUUGAGACGCCCUUGGUGGACCAGGAGAAAGAGCUACAAGCCGCGGGUCCUCCAAAUUCCACGAAGGAGCAGCCAGCUCUGAUCGCCAACAUUCAACUUGCGCAGAAGAUACCGACAGUCGUCGAGUCGCAAGCCAGCUUGAGCCGAGAGACACCAUUCGUUGUGUCAGCCAUCCCACAGAACCAGCCGAUUCUUAUCGGGAACAAUGAGACUAUGCAGAAGGUACAGAAAGUUGUCGAGUUGCAAGCUAGCUUAAACCGAGAAGCACCGCCCGUUGUGACAGCCAUCAAUCUGACAGACGAGCAAGCCCAAAACAUCAAUAUCGUCUGGACGGUAGACGUUGAUGGGGCAGCAUGUGACUUCCCACUGACCAUGGCAGAGUGCCAUUCCUUCAGCAAGAUGCUAGGGGUGUUACGCGACAUGGUCCAGUCCUUCCCUGAUGUGGCUGCGAUCCUCGAAAACGCGAAUAUGUGGUUAUUGACGUACAUGGGCCCGAAGGGGGCGAAGAAGACGCAGUUGGGUCGCAAGGGAACUGAAGUGGCGUUCAACCGGAUGCGAGAUGAUCUUGCUAAGACCUCUUCAACCGUUGGGGGGACUUUGGAUGUGGAGUUGAGAGCCGUCUAA